GGCGGGCCACAAAGUUGUGGCGUCGUUUAUAGCCCAGAGUUUGACGGCAGCGAGCAAGUGUGCGUCUCUGGUUACUCGGGGCUGUUUGGUGAGGAUUAAUCUGGAACAUGGAAUACACACUCAACAUUCAAAUCCAGGAGGGUGAUUGUCUUGAAUCCUAAAGAAAUCUGCUCAUUUAGUAAACAGGAGAGAUGGAGAAGGAUUUGUCAUCAACACCAACUAGUGUCAACGUCCAGGGGUCGAGCCCUGUCCUGGAUAUGCCCUCUUGUCCAUCCCCCAUGCAAAUUCCUCUUUCACCCAUCUCCAGUAACCUCUCUGCUUCUCCCACUCAGCAUGAAAAAUCACCAACCUCUCUGGAACCCAGAAAAUUACCCAGUUCUUCGCCACCAUCUACACAUACUACUGCUAAACAGAUGGAUCCCCCCCUUUCCUUAGCCAAGUCAAAGCCCUUAUCUCCUGCUGUGUCUCCUAGCUCUACAUGUAAGACCGUUUCUACUAAUCCCUCCCUUAGUGCUCCGAUCAGAACACCCCUACCAGCUUCUCUCACCCUUGCUGACCCUCAAACUUCCACAAUUUCACUCACUUCCGACCUCACAUCUGCCUCCUCAACAGCUACUUCCACCACGGCUUCCACAUCUUCAUCCAUGGCCUCCGCAAAACGCACUUUUGCUUCCAUGGCCAAACGGGUAAUCAUACAGGAAAGACUUAGAAAAGCUGAGGAAGAGGAUACCUUUGAUGAAGAGGAUGAUGAAGAACCAGAGGAAGACGUGUCUGUGGAGCAGCUUGAGGAGAAGGCCAUAGGCGGUGAUGCCAGAGCUCAGGCCCGUCUUGGUCAGCACUACUUGGGUCUUGCUAAAGAGAAGGAUACUGAAACAAAUAAUCUGCUGGCUGUCAACUGGCUUGUUAAAGCAGCAAAACAGGGAAGAAGGGGUGCAGCAAAAGCCCUGCAGCGCUGCUGGAUCCAGAAAAAAGGAAUCACUCCAGAGAAUGAGGCCGAUGUCCGCAGGUUGUCGACAGAGAGUAAGUUUGAGCUGGCAGUACGCAAAGCAGCCAUGCUGAUGUACUGGAAGCUAAACCCAGACAGGAAGAAGAAGGUGACUGUAUCUGAGAUGCUGGAAAAUGUCAACCAGGUGAAUGCAGUUCCAGGUGGCACUGCAAGCAGCAAGGUUCCUGUCCCAACUUCGAAUCAAGCCCAGAAAGUGUUGGGGAGCAUGGUCAGCAAAGAAUCCAGUCAGAUGGUGGACCUGGAUGAGUUUGUUGAGAUGACUAAGAACUAUGCACAGGGUAUUGCCCCGGCUACUCCCAAGAAUGGCAGCCAAGUCUCAGCCACAACUGAAAGCCCUGCACUUCAUGACAGUCGUACAGGGCACAAGGCUGAGUCAGUCUCAUCAGGAUGCAAGAAGUCAAACAAGAGUGCCUGGAGUUUUGGCCGAAGUGGGAUGAUGCUGCACACCAGUGAGACCGGAGCCUUUAGAAGGGCCAUGGACAUGAAGUCACAAUUAAUAAUGCUGCAGUACCCACUGCAUGCAGUUGUUGAGAUAAAGGAGCAUCUUGUUGAUUGGGCAUCACGGGCCGGUGUCCAGUGGCUGAGCACAAUCAUUCCAACACAACACGUCAACGCUCUCAUUUUCUUCUUCAUCAUCAGCAACUUGACGGUGGAUCUGUUUGCUUUUGUUAUCCCUCUGCUUGUCUUCUACCUCUCCUUCAUCGCCAUGAUCAUUUGCACGCUGCGUAUUUUCCAGAGGACAAAGACCUGGGAGAACUUUAGUGCCCUGACAUCUCUGCUGACACGGUUUGAACCUGGCCUUGAUGUGGAGCAAGCAGAGACAAACUUUGGCUGGAACAACCUUGAACCGUACCUCUAUUUUAUCUUCUCCGUCUUCUUUGUAAUUUUCUCCUUCCCUGUAGCAGACAAGAAUUGGAUCCCCUGUUCUGAGCUCUCGACUGUGGCCAUCUUCUUUACUGCUGUCAGCUACCACAGCCUCAGCCCAAAUGCCACAGCAUAUGCACGCCGGGCAAUGGUUAUAGAGAUGGCAUCAUCUCUCUGUUGCCUGACGCAGUUCUUGCCACAGAACAUGACGGCGCUUCAUUUACUGGGACGCACCUUCGCCACUCUGCCACUGGGGGAGUCUGUGGUGCUGAAGCUCAGUCUCCCCUGCUUGCUUUAUGUUUACCUGUUCUAUCUGUUCUUCAGCAUGGCGAGGUUGCGUGGUUUCCGGGGAACUUACUGCUUCCUGGUUCCGUAUCUUGUGUGCUUCAUGUGGUGCGAGUUCUCAGUGGUCCUCCUCCAGAAUUCCACUGUUGUGGGUCUAAUCCGCACUUGUGUGGCUUACUUUCUCUUCCUGUUUGCCUUGCCUGUUCUGGCAUUUGGUCUCGCCACCAUGCUCUUCAUCCAAGUGUUUAAGUGGUUCCUCGAGCUAGAACUGACAAAGAUGAUUGUGACUCUGGUAAUAUGUGCGAUCCCUGUCACCUUGCGGCUGUGGACGCGGUUCAGCACGUCCAUUCUGGAUGUCUUUCGCUCACUGACUCAUCGGGGUCCAGUCAAACUCAUUUUACUCUGCAUCUCCAUGGUCCUUCUAUUCUUCUCUGUCUAUGUGUACCAUGCAGAAGGUGAGAAGGUGUACAACUCCACCCUUACUUGGAGUCAGUAUGGCCAGGUUUGUGGGCCUCCUGCUUGGGAAACCAAAGGCAUAGCCCAGACACAAAUCUUCUGUAGCCACCUGAAUGGACACAGAGUCACCUGGACUGGGCGCUUCAAGCAAGUCCGUGUGGCUGAAACGGAGAAUGGGGCACAGUCUGUGAUCAACAUGUUGCCGGUGUUUGUGGGAGAUUGGCUGCGCUGCUUGUACGGUGAGACCUAUCCCAAAUGUGAGCCAAAGAAUGCCGCAGUUGCAAAUCUGACAGCUGCAGAUUUGACAGCCAGUUCUGCAUCAGGGCCUGUUUCACUGCCAAUCCUCCUUCUAUCGCAAGAUGAGGAAGAACUGUGUCAGCUCAAGGCUCUGGCUAAACAUACCUGCCAUGUCAAGCGUUUCGACAGCUACCGCUUUGAAGUGACAGUGGGAAUGAUCCAGGAUGAACGUGGAGAGAGAGAGGACCCAGCCAGAGAUAUAGUCCUAAUGGCGAGUCAUGAGUUCAGACAGGUGCUUCUAAAUCUGAGCCCUGGUAAUAAGGUGGAGUUUAGCACCAAACUGGAGGGACGUCUAGGAGCCAGAGCUCCAGCCUUUGAGUUGAAAGCUAUCCACUGUCUUGACUGUCCUUCUUCAGUGCUCACUGGAGGCAGGCAGGUGAAAAUAGAGAGAAACUGGAGACGUACCACAAUGAAAGCCCUGAAGUUUGCAUUUGAUUUUUUCUUUUCCCCAUUUUUGUCAGCAAAAAUUUAAAACUAGUAAUU